UCAAUGGCGACUGGGCUUACAUCACUCCAUUUUCUGAUAACUCUCUACUUCAUCCUUAAGGUUCCAUUGAUGUUUGCUCAAGAUGACCACUUCAUCUACAAUGGCUUCCAUCAAGAUAAUCUGCUUCUAGAUGGAACCGCUCGAAUCCACCCCGAUGGUCUAUUGCAACUCACCAAUAAUUCACAACAACAAGUUGGUCAUGCUUUCUUCCGACUUCCUCUAAAAUUCAACACUUCUUCUUCAGGUUUAACUCAGGCUCUUUCAUUUUCCACAAACUUUGUAUUUGCAAUAGUUCCUCAAACACCACCCAUAGGUGGCCAUGGAAUUGCCUUCACCAUCAGUCCCUCGUGGAAAAUCCCCAAUGAUAGUUACAGCAAUUAUCUAGGACUCUUGAAUCCCUCAGAUGAUGGCCUUUCAAAAAACCACUUCUUAGCCAUUGAGCUUGAUACUACAAAGGGUCCGGAAGUUCAAGAUAAAGACGACAACCAUGUGGGAAUCGAUGUGAACAGCCUGAAAUCAAUUGAAUCAGCUACUGCAACCUACUUUUCUGAUCAAGAAGGGAAGAAUAUAAGCGUGGAGCUUCUAAGUGGCAACCCAAUGCAUCUUUGGAUAGACUACAAUGAAACAGAAAAGUUACUGAAUGUAACACUAUCCCCAACCGACAUCCAAAAACCGAACCGGCCUCUCUUGUCAACACGCAUUGAUCUGUCCCAAUAUCUUUUGAAAUCUAUGUAUGUUGGUUUCUCUGCAGCCACUAGUGCAGUUGCAAGUGACCACUAUAUUCUUGGAUGGAGCUUUAAUAAAAGUGGACAAGCACAAAGCCUUGACGUUUCGAAGCUUCCUCAACCUCCCCGACAGAGGAAAAGUAAAGAUAGGCAAGGACAGAUUAUCAUGAUUUUGAUCAUAGCCGUAGUGAUCGUGCUGAUAUUGGUCACUGCAGCUAUUUUCGUUCUGAGGAGAAAGAAAUAUGCAGAAAUACUAGAAGAUUGGGAAAGCGAGUAUGGUCCUCACAGGUUCAGCUACAAGAAUAUCUACAAAGCAACCAAAGGUUUCUCAGACAAGGAGCUUCUUGGAGAAGGAGGUUUUGGAAAGGUUUAUAAAGGAACUCUUCAUUCUUCCAAUACACAAAUUGCAGUCAAGAAAGUCUCCCAUGAUUCCAAACAAGGGAUGAAGGAAUUUGUGGCUGAGAUCAUUAGCAUGGGCAGGCUGAGGCAUAGGAACUUGGUGCAACUCCUGGGAUAUUGCCGGCGAAAGGGUGAACUUCUCUUGGUCUAUGAUUAUAUGCCCAAUGGAAGUCUUGAAAAGUUCUUAUAUGGAAAUGAAAGGACAAACCUUAACUGGCUUCAACGAUUUCGAAUCCUCAAAGGAGUAGCAUCUGGCCUUCUCUACCUCCAUGAAGAGUGGGAACAGGUUGUUCUACAUAGAGAUAUAAAAUCCAGCAAUGUUCUAUUGGAUGCUGAAUUAAAUGGGAAGCUUGGAGAUUUUGGCCUUGCUAGAUUAUGCGAGCACGGUGCCAUUCUUGAAACCACCCGUGUGGCUGGAACAGUGGGUUAUUUGGCUCCAGAGCUUACUAAAACAGGAAGGGCAACCACUUACACUGAUGUGUUUGCCUUUGGAGCUUUCAUGCUGGAGGUAGCUUGUGGAAGAAAGCCUAUAGAGAUUCGAGGACUGCCAGAAGAGGUCAUUUUGGUUGACUGGGUCUUCGGGUGCUGGAGAAAAGGAGCCAUCCUUGAUGCUAGUGAUCCAAAACUGGAAGGUAAUUAUGUAGUAAAGGAAAUGGAAUUGGUUUUGAAACUUGGCUUGCUUUGCUCACACUCAACGCCAGCAGUGAGGCCUAGCAUGAGGGAAGUGAUGCAGCUUCUGGACGGCGAUGCUGAUCUGCAGGAAUUACCACAUGAGAGUACUAUUUUUGGUAACUUCACAAACGUUGAAGCAUCUGAGAUCUUAUUGUCAAUUAAUUCAUCAUUCGACAAGGGUUUGACGGCCUCCUCUAGCACUGAUUCUGUGCUAGAUAGUGGUAGAUGAAUCAGACGCAUAUUGAUCUGCUAGCACUGAUUAGGGAUCACCUUCAGGGGAGAAUAAAAAAAAUGAAAUAGUGAAGAAUGUGAUGUAUACAGUUUCGUUUACUUAUUGUAGAAUCUCAUAUUUGUUAGCAAUUUA